AUGAUUUCCUUCAAAAUAUUAACAAAAUGUAUCCUAUACACCGUUGCCCUCAUCAUCUUAAUUUUGGCCUUUAGCGAGCGCAAGGGAUUACCUUCGUCAAAGCUAGCACGAUAUGGCUCAAUCCGAAACGUACAGGCGUCCGGGGCGACAGCCACAGUAUAUCACUAUCAAUUACCGAAUGGAAGAUCAUACGCAGUGAAACAGUUUCGGAGCAAACGGAAGGGGGUUUCGGAAGAGGCCUACAUAGCCAGUGUCUACAACGAAGUUGCUAUUGCCGCUCGCCUUCACCACCCCCGACUAUUGACGAUCCUGGACUGCUUUGCUGAAAAUGGAACUUGGUAUACAGUCAUGCCAUAUAUACCAACAACGUUAUUUGACAGAGUCAUGGGUAAUGGCAGCGUCCUUACUCGCGAUGAAGGGGACUGUGUCUUCCGCCAGAUCAUGGAUGGGGUGUCUCACAUCCAUGACCAGGGGGUGGCCCACUUGGAUAUCAAGCUCAGCAACAUCCUACUCGAAAAUGAUACGGGUGUUAAACUCAUCGAUUUCGGUCAUUCCCAUUUUUUUGACAAUGCUCAAAAAGCGUCGGUUCAAGGUUGGUUGCAUGUCUCAAUCCCAUACCCACUUGUUUCAUGCACAUGCAACUUCGAUCCCGAAGCCAGACUCGUGAUAAGAAAAUUCGGUACUCCGCCGAACGUGCCGCUGGAAGCUUAUCAGGCCAGUAGUUACGAUCCCUUUGCCGCUGACGUGUGGGCUGUGGGGAUGGUCUAUUGUCAACUUGUGGCCCCCACGGCCCCCUGGAAUAUGGCGAGCCACGCCGAUCAAUUUGCGAUGUUCUCUCCGUCCGUGCCGCAGGGGCCGUCGCCCCCGGAUAUGAUCCACCUCCAAGCCACUGUGGAGAUGAUUCUGAAUCAUAUUCCAAUGCGCGCCCGCCCAUUGAUGAGGGGUAUGUUGCAAUCCAAUGCCAGCCACCGGGUUAGCAUGAAGGAUGCGUUAUCACAUGAGUGGAGUCGCAGUCUCCAUCGCUGCGAGCUGGAUCUAGCCUCGCAUUUUUGA